UUCCCUUGGCAACCACUUCCUCCGAGCAUCCACGGCCAUCUUUAAUUUUAAGUCAUUCAUGAAAAGUUGUUUCGCUCAUGUAAACACGCCGAACGACACGUUUGCGCACAAAGCAGCAUCGACGGCGCUGUGUGCAUGUAGUUUUCAGCGACAAGCUCCAAAACAGAGCAGAGCAGCGCAGCGCAGCAGGCUGUCCGCCGAGAUUAAGUAAACACCGAGAGCAAUGAGAAAGAAGCAGACUGCCAAACAGAGGAAGACUGAGGAGACCACAGUUGUCCAGGAGUUUGUGGUGGAAAAAAUAAUUCGCCGCAGAAUCAAUAAUGGAAGAGUGGAGUACUUUCUGAAGUGGAAAGGCUUCACUGAUGCAGAAAACACAUGGGAACCUGAGGACAAUCUGGACUGUCCUGAGCUCAUUGAAGAGUUCCUGAGAACCACCCAUCUGUCAGAGGAGAAUGAGGAAGAGCAAACUGAACAAGAGUUUAUUCCCAAAGAAGAAAUGGCAGAGCAAGAGACGGAAAUUUCCUGUAUGCAGUCUCAGCGGCAGGCUCACGCUUUGCAGAGCAACGUCCUCAAGCCAAAUGAUGAGCAGUCAACCGACGCCCCCGCUAACCUCAGCACUUACCUCGAGCCUGAAUGCAUCAUCGGCUCCACAGACAGACAGGGAGAGCUCAUGUUCCUCGUCAAAUGGAAGAACUCCGAUGACGUGGCCCUACUGCCUGCCCGCGAAGCGAGCGCCAGGUGUCCCCAGGUGGUCAUCGACUUCUACGAGCAGAAGCUAACCUGGCACUGUGGAGACGAGGAGCAGUGAAGUGUGUGUGUGUGUGUGUGUGUGUGUGUGUGUGUGUGUGUGUGUGUGUGUGUGUGUGUGUGUGUGUGUGUGUGUGUGUGUGUGUGUACCGAGGAGAACUGGUAAACAGCUGCGCUCUCACUUGAAGCUUAGUUUAACCUCCAUCAAGUGUCCUCCUUCAGCUGACAUUAGAGGCACACUGUGUGAAAUUGCAUCCCACUGCAGGUAGAGUUUCAGACUCUGGCAGGUGCAGGAACCUCAGCGGGGAUGGAUUUUAAGGGCUCUCAGUCCCGUGGUGCUCAAUAAGGUCACUGUGCCUUUGUGGAGGCUGCGAUGGAGACUAAAACUAACCUUUGUGUAGAGCAGCCGAUCUGAGGUCAAACUUGUAGCAGCUUUGGUCCUGUGUCAUCAUGUAGCUGACACAAUCACUGUGGACAUGUGUUUUGUUUUUAAGAUUUAUUGUUAUAUAGUAAUUUAGUAUUAAUUAUCCUGUUUAGCCACAAGGGUCUUCCACUGGGAGGAGCCCUUGCUUGUUUUGUGUGUGGUUUAUAUCUUGUAUAGCGACACUAUGUCGGCAGAGUGAACUAACUUCUGUCCAGUCUGUACCUCCAGGCCAUCUAGCUUUUGGUUAGAGCUGAAGAUUGUAGAGAUGUUGUUUGAACGUUUGUAGUUGUGUGAGGUGCUUAUAGCCACAGCUUUCACUGUGUCUCACUGUGUCUCUGUAUGGCCCUUGUGGUUGGUGUAAAAUAUUUAAAAAAUGUGUAGCCCACCUGAAAUUUCCCCAAUCAGCUGCUAUGUAAACCAAAUGUUCUCAUCUCAUCUGUAUUGAAUUGUAAUACAUUUUUAAAAGAAUAAUUUGGUGCUUUUAAACAAAGUGGAGUCCUGGCAGAAAAACUCAAAAGAUAAUAGCAUAUUAAGUAAAUCUAUAAGAUUUACACACAUUGAAAUAUAACUUUUGUGCACCUAAUGAUGACUAACAAGAUUGUUAAAUGUAGCACUUUAGAUAUGAGACUGUCCAAUUAUGGAGGGCAUUGUCUUCCAGAAAUUAUACAGGCCCAUGUAUAUGAUACCUGUAUCCUGAUGGCACUGUCCUGACUCGACAUAUCUCCCGUGACUGUUAUGGGACACUGAGCUGAACCUUCAACCUCCUAAAACACACCUGCUACUGAACUACUGUAACUGUUGACCAUUGAUCUGUGAAGUCUCUGUGAAUAAAAGAAGCCUU